AUGGGUUCAAAAAGGAAGAGAGAUAAUAAAGAAGAUAGGCGUCUACCCAAACAGAAAAAAUCAAAAACAAAUGGAAACAUUGCAAUUAAAAGAAAAUCAAAUUUUAAUUCAUUUGAAAAUUUAAGUCCUGAAGAAAAUUCAGAUUCAGAAUAUUUAUAUGAUUAUAAUAAUAAAGAAAACUCGGAUGAUGGAGGUGGAUUAGAUUUAAUUGAUAGUGAUGAUGAAGAAUUACAAGAAAAUAUUGGGUUCGAUAGGCUAAAUGAAAGUGAUAAUGUUGAAGACCAAUAUAAUUCUGAUGACGAGUAUGAUCCAAAUGACUUUCAGAUACCAACUAAUGAUAACAAUAAUAAUAAUGGUAAUAGUAAUAAAAACAAUAAUAAUAAUAAAAAUAAUAAAGUUGAGAAUGAAGUAACGAGGAAUCAAGACUUUAUAGGAUUUGGAAUUUCAUCAUCCGACGAAGACGAACAAGAAGAGGAAAAAGAAGACGAUAAAGAUUACGAUGACGUAUACCCAGAAGAUGAACAUGGAAAUUCUAAGAUUCAAACGACCAAUUCACAAUUUCCUUGGAUUAAAAAUCAUGAUCAUUCAAGACAAAAAGAAAUAGCAGAUUGGCUUACUUUAGAAAUUAAAGAUUUUAUUAAUUAUAUAUCACCACAUAAAACAGAAAUAAUAACGAGAAAUAAAAUUAUAAAUAAUUUAAAAUUACAAAUUUCAAAAUUUUGGCCAGGUACAGAAACUCAUGUAUUUGGAUCAUGUGCAACUGAUUUAUAUUUACCUGGAUCAGAUAUUGAUUUAGUUAUUAUUCUGGGAACUGGAGAUUAUGAAAAUAGAUCAAGAUUAUAUCAAUUAUCAUCUUUUUUAAAAGCUAAAAAUUUAGCUAAAAAUGUUGAAGUUAUUGCUAGUGCAAAAGUUCCUAUUAUAAAAUUUAUUGAUCCUUUAUCUAAUUUAAAUAUUGAUGUUUCUUUUGAAAGAACAAAUGGUUUAGAUGCAGCAAGAAGAAUAAGAAAAUGGCUUAAUUCAACACCUGGAUUAAGAGAAUUAGUACUUGUAGUUAAACAAUUCUUAAGGUCAAGAAAAUUGAAUAAUGUACAUGUUGGAGGAUUAGGUGGAUAUGCAACUAUAAUAAUGUGUUAUCAUUUUAUGAGACUACAUCCCAAAAUAUCAACAAAUGCAAUGAAUGCUUUAGAUAAUUUAGGAGUUUUAUUAAUUGAAUUUUUUGAAUUAUAUGGUAGGAAUUUUUCAUAUGAUAAUCUUAUAAUAGCAUUAAAUAAUCAAACAGAUGAACCAAAAUAUAUAAAAAAGGGUAAAAAUGCCAUAUUAAAUACUUCAAGAAAUCAAUUUGCCAUAGUUAUACAAGAUCCAGCUGAUCCAACAAAUAAUAUAACUAGAUCAUCAUAUAAUUUACGAGACCUUAAAAAAGCAUUUGGAGGAGCUUUUCAAUUAUUAGUUACAAAAUGUUAUGAAUUGAAUGCUGCUUCUUAUAGAAAUAGAUUAAAUCAACUGAUAUUGGGUGAUAUUAUAAAAUUCAAAGGAAAACAAAGAGAUUUUAAUGAUGAUCGUGAUCUAAUAGUAAAUGAUGCAUUAAUAAACGAAAUAGAAUAUAAUGAAGAACAAGAACAAGAAGAUAAUGAUGAUUAUGAUCCACUGGAUUAUAUGGAUGAAUUUAAUACAGAUAAAAAAAUUAGUAAAAAUGGUAAAUAUUAUUUUUCAGAUAUGACAGUAGAAAGUGAUGAUGAUGAUGAUGAUGAAGAUUCUCAAGAAGAAGAAGAUUAUAAUCCUAAAACUAUAAUUAAAACAAAACUUGCGAAAAAAUCAAGAUCAAUUACUCCAACUCCAAUUACAAACAAAUCAAAAGAUACUAAAAAAUUAGUUGAAUCAUUUUUAAGUUUGGAAAAAGAAGAAGAAGAAGAUCAAGAAGAUCAAGAUAAUGAGGAUGAAAGUCAAGAUGAAAUUAAAAAUUUUUUACCUAAAAAGCCAAUGUCAAAUUCACCUAAUUUACCAAGAAAACCAAAUUUAGAUAAAGAUAUUAAAAGAGAUUAUUGGAGACAAAAGGGUUUAGAUAUGUGA